ACUUUUCCUUACCAUCCGACUCCGACUCCGGCUAAAACACCAAAACUCCACGACUCCGACUCUGACUCCAACUCCACAGCCCUGGUUAUUUUUAACACCGCUGCUGCAUGGAUAAUAGUAUAACCAAUGUUGAUGAUGAUGACCAGAGGCCAAGUGGUUAAGGUGAUGACCUAUUACUCUAAGAAACCUGAAAACUAAUCCAAAUAAAUCACUAAUCCCAUUGGAAUAUUUUUGGGUGGUGUGUCCUGGAUAUGUUGGGCUUGGUCUGUCACCACUUAGCCACCCGAUUUGGGCUCGACUUUAUCAAACCCACAAUGAGUUUGAUAAAAAAAAGCACCAUUGCCCAUAGGACAGAAAGAAAAUCCGAAAUUAAACCCUAUGUUAUCAAUUUGGUAUUUUUAGUAAGCUGUUUAGUGCCAUUUGUUAAACUUGGUUUGUUUGUUAACCUUUGCACACUAAAAUCAGUCUUUACUACUUGUCAAAUUAGCUUCUAUAAUCUGAGAUUGGCAAGUAUGAAUUAUUUUGUCUUGAAUUAACCAAAAUAUACUUUUGAUAGAGGGAGAAUCUCCAGAAAAACAUAGAGCAUUAAGAAAAUCCAUACUUACUAAAGCACAAAUCCACAUAGAAGUAUGAUGGAAUGUUCAUUAUCUGAAUGUCAAAUAUCCAAACAUCUCUUUUUCCUAUUUCUCCCUCCCACCAGCAACAGUGUGAAUUGAACCAGUGAAUGUUGAUAGUCUGUUUGGUUACCAAUUAGCACUCAACAAAGGACUGGCUAUAUGAAGUAUUCCAGGUUUUUUUCACAUGUCUAACAUUAAAAUAGAGGCCAGUUUCCUUACAUUGACACUUUUCUGCAUUAGAAACAGCAAUGCUGUGGUGCAAACACAAUCAGAAUGUUGUCUUUUGUAAUUACAGUACUUACUAAAGAAACGUUAGCCAACUUAGAAAGACAGAUCUAUGCUUUCGAAGGAAGUUAUCUAGAAGAUACGCAGCUCUAUGGAAACAUCAUCAGAGGAUGGGACAGAUAUCUAACUGCAAAUAAGAGUACAAACAGCAAAGCGGACAAAAGGAAUCGGAAAUUCAAAGAAGCUGAACGCCUAUUUUCUAAGUCUUCUAUCACCUCUAUGGCAGCCGUGAGUGGAAUCAUCGAGAAGGAAGAACGUGGUAAGUAUCAUACGAGCGAAGUCGAAUCUCAGAAUGCCAACAGUGAAAGCGAAGACAACACUUCCAGUCAAGGCAGUUCGACGCCAGUCACGGCAGUCACGUCAAACGGUAAUACAAACGCGACAACUCAAAAUGGUAACCAGUUACAUCCGGUCGGUUCUAAUAGUCAGCCUCCUUCAAAAAUACCCAAAACAGGUCAAAGGAUAAAGAAGACGGCAAAGAAGGCAAGACACAGGCUGAACGAAGACUGAAUAAGACAUUAUCCAGAUACAUGUCAUUAAUUAAUCACUGAAACAUUCAUUUUAUCAUUAAAUAUCUUGUAUAUAUCAGAAAAAUUUGUACAGUUCAUCACCCCAACAGUUUUUUACUGUUUUUAGUAGCAUUUUUUCAUGUACGUAAGCAAAAGUUUCCCAUUCCGAAAGUUAGAAUGACAAUUUUUGGUUGCAUUCUGGGUCAUUCAAUGGCCGACACACCCCAGUUAUUUAAUGAAACGCUUACCAAAUAAGCGUUUUAUUAAAUAAGUAAAAACGGAAUGUUAAAAAUUCUUUUGCCAGUGACAUCUCCAUAUUCCACAAUUGAUUUGGGAAUGCAUUUAUUAAAAUAAAUGCAGAGAUAAUGAAUUUAAUCUGAAAAUAAAGAAUUGAAUGUCAGACAAAGGCUGUUAAGAGGGAAGAAAACGUUUGUAGCUAUAUUACACAAAGCUUGAAAUCUUUUAAGAAUCGCACAAGCAGUGUCAAAAUUUUAUUGAAAACAAAAAGAUUUUUAGAAAAUUUUUUUAAUUUAAUUCAUUGAUGCAACAUUUCUUGUUAUCAUUGUAUCUAGUCAUGUGCAUGUUCAUCAUGGAAAAAGAAUAAAAUAUUA